UGAGGGGAAGUUCUGGAUCUACGUACGCUAAAAUAGUAAAGCAGACAAAACUAUCAAACUUUACCCAACUCUUUCUCUUUCAGUUCCCGACAGUCUGUUUUAAAGUUUUGGCUGCUUUUAUUCGCUGACACAAUGUCUUCGCAGUUCAACAGAGGUCCAGCAUAUGGGUUUUCAGCGGAAGUGAAAAGCAAGAUUGCACAGAAAUAUGAUUCCCAGAAGGAGGAAGAGUUACGGAUUUGGAUUGAAGACAUUACUGGGCGCUCAAUUGGAGAUGACUUUCAGAAAGGGUUAAAAAAUGGAGUCAUACUCUGCGAGCUUGUAAACAAACUUCAGCCAGGGUCUGUGAAAAAGAUCAACCAGUCGUCGCAAAACUGGCAUCAGCUGGAGAACCUGACCAACUUUAUCAAAGCGAUCACCACCUACGGACUCAAACCUCACGAUAUUUUUGAAGCCAAUGAUCUGUUUGAGAAUGGAAAUAUGACACAGGUUCAGACAACCCUCCUGGCUCUUGCCGGCAUGGCUAAAACCAAGGGCAUCCAUUCAAGUGUAGACAUUGGGGUGAAGUAUGCUGAGAGACAGGAGAGGGCAUUUGAUGAGGAGAAAAUGAAAGCCGGGCAAUGUGUCAUUGGAUUACAGAUGGGAACAAAUAAAUGUGCAAGUCAAGCUGGAAUGAAUGCCUAUGGCACCAGAAGACAUCUGUAUGAUCCCAAGUCACACAUUCUACCACCAAUGGACCAUUCAACAAUCAGUCUGCAGAUGGGCACCAACAAGGGCGCUAGCCAAUCUGGUAUGACCGCUCCAGGGACCCGCCGUGCCAUCUACGACCAGAAAUUAGGCACGGAUAAGUGUGACAACUCCACAAUGUCUCUACAAAUGGGCUACACUCAAGGCGCCAACCAGAGCGGGCAGAAUUUCGGGCUUGGCCGUCAGAUCUACGAUGCCAAAUACUGCCCCAAAGGUGCACCAGGUGCAAGUGGAGAAGCUGACGGUGGCUUCAUGGAUUACCAAGACGAGGGAUACCAGGGUUAUCAGGAUGACGGUCAAGAUUACUAAAUCAACCAAUCGCAGGCUAAGAGUCUGAAUAAGAAGCUAAGGGGAAGUUGAUACUUCCUUGCAAACAAAAGAACCGAAAUUCCAGUACACCACCGUAAGCGUGCCAUCUGUCGGAUAGAGAUGAAAUGACCAAUUUGAAACAUAUCACUUUUGUUUUAACUAUAUACAUGUUCUUUUUAUAGACAUCAUGUUUUGUUCAUUUGAAGCGAGAGCCCUGCAAAACAUAUCAGUUAAUGUCUUACGUGUAUUGAUACUUCUUGCACAACCACUAUAAUAAUAUUUAGUAUUUGCUUAGUUGUUUAGUUUAGUGUAGUUUUUAUUUUAUUUGUUAUUCAUUGAAAAUGCUGAUCUUUACUUUGACGUUAAACGCAAGUAUGACGGGGGUUAUGAUCAAGUUAUUCGCAUAAUCCUAAAAAAAUUAUUUGUAUUUUAGUUUUAGUUCAAGCUGUUGUGAAGACAUUUGAUAUUAAGUAUAUACAAGAAAGAGCGUUGCGUGAGCCUGAUUCAUUAUUUGAAUAUAGAACAUGCUCAGGGGUGUAAAAUCACUUUUUCUUGUCAGUUGAGCAUGUGAAGGUGCAUAUUUGCUGUUACAGUUGAAAGAUGCAAAGAGGGUUUAAAUAAGGUGAACCUUUACUGCAGUCCAUUGUGUUAAUUUAAGAGUUUUUUUUCCCCAGUAAUAUUUUGCUAUUGUGUUUUUAGGCUGGAAAGUGACAGCACAUUCUUGACAUGCACAAAAAGGAAGAGUUCAUCUAUCAUUUCAGCAGCAUUUUUGAGUCAUUUCUGCUUUUGACAUUCUAAAUAUUAUACUUCCUCACUUGAUUAGAGGAGAUGAAUGUGGUUUAUGUUUUAUAAUACACUUUACUGUCUUACAGUUUGUAAUGUGUUUUAAAGUUCUUUGUAUUAGUGUUUCAUAUUCUCAUCAAAUAUUUUACUGUUCGCAGAGCCAGAACAACUGGAGCUUGUCUUGUUUUCCUUGGAUUAUAGUAUUGUGAAAGGAAAUUGAAGUAUAACUUUGUGAGCCUUGAACAUUCCAAAUUAGGAACUGGAUUCACUGCUUUUUUUUUCCACAGUAUUUGUUCUCAUUCCAAAUGACCCUUUGUACUAGACGUUGGAAAUUUUAAGGUCUGCUUUUUUUUUACUUUUCUUAUGGAAUAUGAUGGUUAGAUGGAUGUAGUAAAAACUGGGUUCAUAAUAAAAGAUGACAAUGACGAACAACA